CGCGCGAACGGAUAGGAUGCUUUCGUAAAUUUGUUGUCUGCAUCAGCUGGAAACACGUGUGCAGCUGUGUGUUGUCACAUUCGCCGUCCACAAUGUCCAAUUUCCUAAGUAUCGCUGUGUCAGUGACCUGCAUCAAGUUGCUGUUCAUAACUGCCUACCGAUCCACGGACUUCGAGGUACACCGAAACUGGUUGGCAAUCACUCACUCCCUGCCAACGUCGAAAUGGUACUUCGAGAACACAUCCGAAUGGACGCUGGAUUACCCACCAUUGUUCGCCUGGUUCGAAUACGUAUUGUCCCUGGCAGCUCGAUUCGUGGAUCCUGGGAUGCUAGAAAUAGCUAACCUCAACUAUGCCAGCUCUGCAACCAUCUACUUUCAAAGGCUUACGGUUAUCUUAUCCGACCUGAUUCUUAUUUAUGCCGUUUGGGUAUGGCAAGGGCUGAUUUCACCAAGAAAGGGAGACCGCUCGUCUAAGCACGAUGACCCCUGGCUCGAUAAGACCACUGUGCUCUCAAUGUUGUUUCUUUGGAACCCUGGAUUGCUGCUCGUUGAUCAUGUGCACUUCCAGUACAAUGGUUUCCUUCAUGGAAUCCUACUGCUUGCUACAGCCCGCCUCUUUCAGGGGCGCUGUGUUGAAGCCACGUUGUGGUUCACCAUUCUGCUUAAUCUGAAGCACAUCUAUUUGUAUGUAGCUCCAGUAUUUUUCGUGUACCUCUUGAGAAACUACUGUUUUGCACAGUCCCAUGGAAAAGCCCCUCAAUCGUUGCUUUGGAGGUUUCAGCCCAUCCAUUUCUUAAGGUUGGCGGGAACUGUGCUGCUGGUUUUUGCCGUUUCACUGUGGCCAUUCUUGAGCAAGGCUCAGCUGACGCAGAUGCUUCAGAGGCUGUUCCCCUUCAAAAGGGGUCUCUGCCACGCCUACUGGGCUCCUAACUGGUGGGCACUCUAUGCAGCUGUGGAUAGAGUGCUGGCAUUUGCAGGUCUUGGGUCUGGCAAGACUACAGUGGUGUCCAUUGCAUCGCCGACGUCUGGGCUGGUGCAGGAUACCCACUUCACACUGCUACCAAACGUGCCACCACUCUGCACGUUCAUACUGACAGCCCUCUUUCAACUGCCUGCUCUGUGGGGCCUGUGGAAGAGACCACAGGAGCCGUGGCUGCUGGUCCGUGCCCUGGUUCUAUGCGGCCUGAGUGCCUUUUUGUUUGGCUGGCAUGUCCAUGAGAAGGCCAUACUCAUGCCUGUGCUGCUGGCCACGCCACUAGCCCUGUGCAGCUCUGCUGAUGCAGCUGUGUAUGUCAUCCUCUCGGCAGCUGGCCAUUCCUCUCUCUUCCCCCUGCUUUUCCGCUCAGCUGAAAUGCCUGCAAAGGUCCUUCUAGUGCUGCUGCACACGGUUUACGCCGUGUGCACACUUGGCAAACUGCACAGCAGCAAGGUCAACCCGAAACGACGAUAUACUUCGUCUGAACAAGUUACGAGGCACACUGGAAUGCUGCUGACUUGGUUCGAGCAAGCUGGCCUCUGUCUCCUGGGCCUAGCAGUGGUUGCAUACGGGGAGCUGCUGCACCCUUUCACACCCCUUGCGGGCCGCAUGCCCUUCUUGCCUCUCAUGGUCACUUCCGUGAGCUGUUCUGUCGCCAUCAUCUAUGCAUGGGCUAAGUCGUGGCAACUGUGGUUUCUGCAACCUUCACGAGAUGUUUGACGAGUGAAGUGCAGCUUCUGCAAAGAACAUUCACUGCCUAGAGGAGCUUAUCUAUUGAAUGUUCGGUAAAGGCACAUCUGGUGAAGACGAAUUAUACUAUACGUGAAAUACGAGUCUUCAUCAAAAGGUUAAAAUUAUAUUUUUGCAUUACUCUGAGCAAGGAAUCUGUGUGAUCAGUGAAACAUCAACAUUUGGUUAUUUUAUCCCUCUGGUUGAUGCCAGCUACACAUAUUUUGUGGGGAAAAAAAAGUGGGGAGGGAGGGGGAGAAGUCUCAUCUUAUAAACAAAGGGCCUUCCAACUAAGCAUCUGGCCUGGCCUUAAGCUUGUGCACAUGCUUUUGCAAUGCGUCUGUUCUCCUUAUCAAACUGUAUGGGGGCUGCUUUCCAUGCCAUCAAUCUCAAUGAAACCAACAUGUGGAAAGGUUUCACACAAAUGGCAAUACCUGUUGAAACUUUUACAUACUGUUUCUUUUGACAAAGUAUGACUGUUCUAUUAUGGCCUCCCUCACUGACCACCCAGACCUUGAUUGCUUCCUGCCACCCUGCCUGAUCACUGUGUGGACUGUUCUCAUGGCUGCGCCCGAUGAUGAAAUCGUUGCACUGUCAAGGUUGAUUGAAAAAUCCGAAAGAGCACACAUAUUUGACCUGUUUAUAAGCUACACCCCUAACUCUACUAAGUGAAAAGUGCCAACGUCUUGCAGAGAAAGCAACAAGCCUAGCUUUACCAUGUGGAAGUCAGAGCCACAAUUCUAAGUCAACAUGUCUUUUAUUUGCUGGCGUUGCACAUUCCAACCCAGGUGCGGCUAUGUGGUACAGAGUCUCACUUUCUGAAAAGCAAAUUUAUCUUUUGUAAAACAUAAAUCUUAGAUAAAAAAAAAAGGAACUGUUUAUCUGGGCAACAGCCAGAUACCAACCUUCUGUGCAAAAUCUUAUCAAUGGAAAGGCUGUGCAGUAAGGGAAAACUGUUCAUCCUACUCAUUGCCAUUUAUCAGGCUACAGCAGACAACCUUAAACAGUCCUUACCGCUGCAGUGUGGGUAAUUAGACAAAUAAUAUUGCUGUGGGCAUUACAAAUGCUUUAUGUCCGUGUGAGUGUCAGAGUAGCAACAUAUGACGCAUUGCACAAUUGUUGUUGUUUUUUUAUCUUUUUUUUUUACAUGUGCAUAUAUCACUACAUGAAGUGACCAAAUAAAGUUGUUAAUUUUACAUUAGCACUACCAUUGGUAAAUGUGCAUUGAUAUACAAAGUUUUGUAAUUGGCCUUUCGCAGCCACAGUGCACUAUGUUCCUGAUACUAGUACAUUUGUUGUCUAUUGCUUAUCUAGAAAUGAGAUUCCACUGAUAUAAAGAAUGCAAUUUUUUUUUUUCAAAGUACAUUUAAACUUCAAUAUAACGAAGUCGCGUCAAUAUACUUAAGCUUUCAUGUCCACUCCGCCACCACAGCUGAUACUGUUGCCAGAGGGGGGGCAAACGCUUCAUCUGCCUCUCGCUUCAAUGUGUUUCUGAAAUGUGAAAUUACAUGACCUCCAGCACUAAAUGUGCAAAAAUACAGUGCACACAAAGCUAUGGCCAUCUCGGCUCACCUAAACUUGGCACCUGCCGCAGAUUACUGCCAAGAUAGGGUGCGUGGGCCACGUAUGCACUCACUUGUACUGAGACUCAUGCGUAGCCGCGGGCGGGCUAUAAGAGGAAAUGCGCGUGUGCUUAUUUGCCCCCCAGUUCCUCCUCCCCCAAGUGCGUGCUUCAUCAGGUGACCAUGUGCUCGCCUCCUAUCCCGCCUCUUGCUCACGCGGAAAGACAACGCGUUUCAAGCCAACAUCCCUCUCACCUCACCCUCGCAUGCCCCCCCCUUGUACCUACCGCAUAUGACACGUGGGGCGCGAUGGGAUGUUAUCGCACUUCAAACGAAAUAUGAGAGCGAGAGGGUCUUGCUGCUAUGCUACUUAGCUUCGGCGGCCGCGCUCAUCUGUGUGGUGCACAAUUUGAGAGGUGGGUUCGCAAGCAGCUGCAUGUAAUUAAACCAUUUGACCAUAUGUGUCCACGGUAGCUUCCAUUUAUUGCCUCGGUAUUCCUUUGCUGCAGCAGUUAAAUUUUGUUAUAUGGAAAUAGUGUCUAAACACUCUUCAUAGUAUUGAGGUUCAAAAUACAUGGUAUUCUACCGACAAGAAGUUCUAAAAAGUUAAAUACCUCAUUAUAUAUAUCGAGAAGUUUGUUGUAUUGAAGUUCGUUAUUACUUGUAUUGAAGUUUAACUAUGUAUGUCACCUUCUGUAUGCACACCCUAUCUCAAAAAAUUGUAGGCCGCACGGUCGUUCUAGCCUGUAUGGUUUUUACUAUGCUUCAACCUACAUUCUUAGUGUAUUUUUUGCCUUUAUUAAGGCACUUACAAUUAUGGGCCGAGAGUUUUGGUAACCUUGCAUUUUAAAACAAUGCAACAUGUCAGCAUUGCCAUAUGUACGUGGAUUCCUUGAAGUCUCCAUUGUCAGUGAAAUGCUGGGCACUAGGAAACUCCUUCACAUGCAGAAUAAAUUAAAAUGUGCAGAAAUUAAUGAAAUGCUGAGUCAAUGGUCCUUCUGAACUGUCUUGAACCACAUGCACCUAGCUAGGCUAAAAAUGGUUGGCAACUUUGCUGCUCAUCGCGAGUGCUUUUACAACUUCCCUCUAUGUUCCGAGCCCAUUUGGCUAUAAUGAUAUCCUUUGCAAGUACAUCAUUUCAUUACGCAAAUUUUUCAUGACUUUCUGGUUUGAUAAACAUUUCAUUGUUUUCAAAAAGGUAUCCGAGAAGGCAUUGCAGCAGUUGGCCACUGCAAUGCCUUGAACCUUGCAAAUACGGUGGACAUCACUUUUUAGGCUCUCAUGGCUUAACCAAUGAAAUGACCUGCGCAAAAAUUCCCAAAUCCUGCUUUGGCAACGCUGCAUUUGUGUUUGUGAAAGAACUUACCUUGUGCAUAUGGAUGCCAUGAUAAAACACUGUUCAAGGUUUCCAAAUAAAUUUUUACUAUUUCUAAUCUAUUCUCAUAGGUGGGCAACAUGCACCUGUAGAGUUCCUUGCAACCACAUCACCAUUCUUACCUCAUGAUUUUUUUUUUUUUUCGUCCCCGAUUGGAAUCUUACUGUUGUACAGUAUGGUCCACUCUUAAAGGAAACGCCAUUAAAACCAACAUAAUUUGAAUAUAUCUUCUUCAUAGGAAAAUGUGCUUUAUGCAAUGUGUUAGGUCAACCUAGGCCAACCUAAGCCAUCGCUUCAAAACUUGGCUGCGGUCGUCCCAAAAACCCAAUUUGAUGCUUGCUUUAGCAGUAAGCCGUACUGUACAUCUUGCAUUGACAGUGGUCACAAUCUUCCCACAGAGCAAUGGUAGGCGCAUGUAUAAAUCCUUACCUGUAUGAUGAGACGAGGACAUUCUUGUGAAACGCGGAAAUAAACCAAGUGUAAAUUUCUUUGUAGUGUCAGAAAUCUAAAAGUUUUGCACACUCCUUUUAUCGCACAUUUUUUCCAUCAGUCUCGGUGAUCUCGUGGCAGUACUUAGUUUCACAAUGAUGUGCCACUUGAAUGGAAGCCAAAGAUGGAGUCUUCCUGUCAGGAGGUUGAUCACAUGAAUGCACAUGUUUUUCCAUGUCAAAGCAACAUCUUUUCAGUCACGAGUGCCGUCUAUAAUGUCGGAAGAGAUCUUGUAGCUUCUGUUCCAGUGCCAUGUUGUGAAAGCAGGUAUACAACUGCCUUACAUAUUUUUGCUUCUUAACACUGAUGCAUUUUUGCAGUCUUUUGUACUAAUGCUAGUCACUGUUUUUCCCCAAUAAAAGGCCUUGAGAUUGUGAUGUAUUGUGUUUAUUGAGCAAGGGCACCAUACACCGAGAAGCUACAUAGGGUGCAUCUUUUGUCUUCAAAGGACUUAAGGCUAACUUCAAUGAAAUUGUUGCCUGUGUAAAAAAUGCAAUUUCAGAGAGCGUAGAUACAAAGCAGCGUCCCUGCAAAAAUAUUAUGCUUCAAGUAGGAGUGGAUGCAUUGCACAUAGUAAACACAGCACUUUUCAUUAAGGCUUUUUCAAGCUGCCGAGUUUUAGUUACAAUGCAUCAGUGACAUAUACAAGUGCAAUUUUCAUUCAGAUAGAAAUUGUCACAGCCAUUUUCUGGCUAUAGCAUGGCAGACACCUUGUUGAUGACACUUUGUUUUUAAUUUCAAUGACACUUGGUCUGGUGACUGUGCAGAAUCCUUUGGCUCUUACUUCAUGCUAUGAAACGUUUACUAAUGACCUCAAGAGAAAAUUCUCCACCUGGUGAGAUUCCCCACAAAUAGUCACAUGACACAGUGCACAAUAGCAUCAUCACAUGUUGCGGGUGCUUUCUCGUCUGCAGUGCCCAACAAAUGCAUUUAGGGGGGAAAAAAAGGAGAAAAUCCUAAUCGGCUCAGAAUUCAUCUCAAGAAUGACUGGCUAGUGCUUAAAUGUCAUCUUAUGUACAUACUUUAUUUUAACCUGGCCUUAGUGGUAAUUUUAAAUAAAUUCACUUGCUGUUAUAUUCUUGCACUUACCUGGUUUUUUGUUCUUUUGUGUGUAAGAAUAAAUUUCUGUGGCUGCAGAUUUUUGCUUAAAUUCUGAAGAUGAACUGAUAACUGUUGACACAAAUAAAAAACUGGGCACUGUU